GUCUCUGUGUUUUCUCCAGUGUGCACUAUCCUUCUUUUCAUUCUUCGUUUUUCUUUCAUCUCGUCUUCUCUCCCACUCUCCCUUCUUUCUUCCUCUUUUUCGUUUCUAAUUCUCGUUUUUCUUUUAAUUUUUCCAUAGUUGCUCGGUUGCUCGGGUGCUCCUCUUUGCCUUCCCCCGUGCUUUAGGCCCAACAACCAAGGAAAUGGAAUUGGUUGCUAGACAACACGUAUCUCUCAUCUCCACCCCAUCGGUUUCUUUUUCUUUCGAAUUAAGAGAGGAGAACAGCCAAAUGAGAUUCAGAAGAGAUAUAUACGUGGAGGGGAGAGAGCCGGAGUAUUCCCAUACUUAGCCCGUUAGCCGAGAACAGAAAAACCAGAGUCAUAGGUGGUAGAAGGGAUAUAGUUGAAUUUGUUUCAUCGUCCCUAGAUUGUUGCUGUCACAAACUUUGUCUCCACGACUCCACCGGUGAUGGGAGAUUCCCAGUUAAGUGAAGAGAAAAUUAAAAUGUCCAGGACCUCAAUUCGAAUAGAGUAUGGAGCCGGAGAGAAGAGAUUGAAGGUCUGCUCCUCCUUGCCGACACUGGCACACUGCCAUCUGCUCUUCCAUUCGUCGGCGGCUGGCCGGCCAACUGUCCCCCAAAGAAAAAUACGGAAAUACCUUUGGACCAGAAGGCCUUUGUUGUCGUACCUGGAGCCUUGGGUUCGUGACCAAAUUCAAAUUGCACAUCCGGCACCGCGCUUUCGAGGGACUCGGUUCUUCCUUCGCGCGAAUCCAAGUCUCCGAGAUGAGUGCUCCUAUGGAAGUUUCAAUGGGGAAUGCCCUCGAUGGAGACGGCUCCCAGCACAACAAAGUGCUUCAGGAGCCACCUCCAUCACCAAAGUCUCAUCUGGCCCCCAUCGCCCAGGAAGAGAAGAUCCAUGUAUCAGUUGAGGUUUGCUUGAAGCCCUCUUGUACAGCCCGAGUAGGUGAUAUCCGCUUAGCCGUCGAAAGCAUGAUGGAAAAGAGGAGUAUGAGCUAUGUUGAUGGUCCUAUUCCAGUGCCACUGGAUGAUCCCUUCCUUGCAGAAAACGUGCAGCGGAUAUGUGUGUGUGACACAGAUACGUGGUUGGAGCAUGGUGAUUUCCUUUUGUUCUGGCAAGUUAGACCUGUUGUGCAUGUAUUUCAGCUUAGUGAGGAAGGACCAUGUGAAGAAAUGAGCGGGGAUGGGCAGCUUUCUACGUUUAAUGAAUGGAUUCUUCCAGCAAAAGAAUUUGAAGGAAUGUGGGAAAGCUUAGUUUAUGAAACUGGUCUCAAGCAGAAGUUGUUGCGAUAUGCGGCAAGUGCUUUGCUUUUCACGGAGAAGGGCGUUGAUCCUUUCCUUAUAUCUUGGAACAGAAUUGUUCUUCUUCAUGGACCUCCAGGAACAGGAAAGACAUCUUUGUGUAAAGCAUUGGCACACAAACUUUCCAUUCGAUUUAACUCAAGAUAUCCACAAUGUCAAUUGAUAGAAGUUAAUGCACACUCCUUGUUUAGUAAGUGGUUUUCUGAAAGCGGCAAGUUAGUUGCUAAAAUGUUUUCUAAGAUUCAAGAAAUGGUAGAGGAUGAAAGCAAUCUUGUAUUUGUUUUGAUUGAUGAAGUCGAAAGCCUUGCUGCUGCUAGAAAAGCUGCUUUUUCUGGUUCUGAACCUUCGGAUUCUAUACGGGUGGUGAAUGCGCUCUUAACUCAGCUUGACAAGUUAAAAUCAUCACCAAAUGUCAUUAUACUGACGACAUCCAAUAUCACUGCAGCUAUUGAUAUAGCUUUUGUGGAUCGAGCUGAUAUUAAAGCAUAUGUGGGACCCCCAACGCUUCAAGCGCGCUAUGAGAUACUAAGGUCUUGCUUGCAAGAACUCUUAAGAGCUGGAAUAUUGUCAAAUUCAUCCAUGCUGGGCGUCGAGAGGCUCGUUUUCCCGAACUUUUCUAGUUUGAGAGACCACAUUGGCAAAUCAGUGACACCAGAGUAUCAACCACAAUCCCACCUUUCCAAACUGCUGCUUGAUGCUGCUGAAGCAUGUGAGGGUUUGAGCGGAAGAUCACUAAGAAAGCUUCCAUUCUUGGCACAUGCAGCCCAAAAGAAUCCGCACAUUUGUGAACCUGAAAAGUUUAUGCAUGCACUAAUAGAAACAGCCAAACACCAGCGAUUAGAGUUAUCUGAUUGAGUUGUACUUGUGCUGAUCACAGGUUUUAUUUGCUCUGUGAAAUCGUCUGUAGCUUUAAACUUUGGAGAAAAAAAAAAUCUUUGUGGUAGUUGUCGCGGGCAAAGACUAAUUGUAGCAAAAGAUGCACAGAAGUGAGGGAAGUAGGCAGCAAAUACACUUGUAUCAGUUAUAUGGAGAUGUAUGAACUUCUAAAUAUAUGUAGUUACAAAUUUAAAAUGGAAGUUUAAUCUUCUUUGACACUUGAAAA